UCGCCUCCGGUCCACACGUGGCGCUGUUCGCGUCGCUGCCUCUUGGUUUGUGCGCCUUUGUAGUUUCCUCUGCUUUCCAAAAAAACAAAAAAAACAAAAAACGAUUUCGACGGACGAAGGAAGAGAAGAGUCAAACCUCGAAGGUCAAAGCUGAGGGGCCAUGGCUCGUGGGCAGCAGAAGAUUCAGUCGCAGCAGAAGAACGCCAAGAAGGCGGCGGACAAGAAGAAGGGUCAAGCCGCUGACCAGAAGACCGCAGCCAAGGCUGCUCUGGUCCACACCUGCCCCGUCUGCCGGACUCAGAUGCCCGACCCUAAGACUUUCAAGCAGCACUUUGAGAGCAAACACCCCAAGUCCCCGAUGCCUCCGGAGCUGGCAGACGUUGAGGCGUAAAGAACUGCCGACCAGACCUGAACCUGAACCUGGAACCGAUACACGGACUUAACAUUUGAAUUGCGGCGCCUGAAGGAUGUUGAUGGAGAACACUGGGACCCGUCAGUAUUCACGGAUGUGUGUGUGUGCUGUGUACGUACGUACAUGUGUUUGCGUGAGAGAAAACAGUAGUACACCACCAGCCCAUUUAGACAAAAAGAAAAAUAUUUAUUGUGUACAACUGCCUUUGCUAUUCCAGAUGUGGGUGUUGGGAACAUUGACCGGCGGUGAUUUCCUGCUAACACUGAAUAAAACAAUGUUGUGACUGACGAUGAGAGUCUGAUGAAGUCGUCCAGGGGAAUGAAAUGACACGUUCACUGUAGAUUCCUUCACUCGUCUGCGGCGGACAUGACACUGCUGCUGGUUUAACACUUCAGAACACCGGUCACUUUCAGUUUCCUUUCGCCCGAGUCGAGGAAAUUCACGACAUGUCGCCAUUUGUUUUUCUCUCUCGCUAAACAAGAUUAAGAUGUGGAGAUUUCAUGACCACUGGUUUCUUUUAAACUUAUAAAUUCCCCUUUGUGUAAUCGCUGGUGUUGAAGUGCAGGAUGUUAUUUUUUUUCAUGGUUAAUGUGUAAGAAGAGCGACGCUGCUGCUGCGUCUCGUUCAGUAACACCUCACACAACAGUACCUCACGUUUGACCGGACGGCAAAAGUCUCGUGGUUUCUUCUUUUAUUCUCUUGCCCGUUUUAAAGGAGACAUAUUAUGCUAUUUCAGUUUAUCCCUUUCCUCCAUCUGCAAAGUUAAACAGCCCAAAAUCUGCAGUAAAGGGAACUCCUCUCUUGACAGGAAACACUGAUCCUGAUGCUCCCGAAACGCCUCGUCAGUCGUCUGAUAGAGGCUGAGAAGAGGCGCUGCAGGAAACUGAUGUGAUUACUGAACAUUAGAGCAUGUGAACCUUUUCAAGUGAUAAACCUAAUUAACAUUAAGAAUCUGAAUGAGCAUAAUACGUCUCCUUGUCGUCCUCGGCCACGUUCCUCUAAAUAAUCUCUGCAAUAACUUUGUCUUUGUCGCACGUCAGUUAAACCAGAACGAGAAACAAAUCACUAACUCUUCUUUUCUAACAAACGCAGCUCUGUUCUCAUUGACGCUUUUAUAAACAGUUUGAAUGUUUCAUCGUUUAGAAAAUUGUCAGUAGCUAACGAGGACCGAACAUCUCGAUUUUGAUUCGCUAAAUGCCAAAUUAUUGAUUCCCUCUUGUUUAUGGUCCAUUUGCAAAAAGGCAGCAAAAAAAACUUGUUUUGUCUGUACAAUUUUUUUUUAACCUUUUCAAUAAAUUGAGCAUUGUAUUUAA